AUGCAUCAUUAAAUGCACGUUAAUACUUAUAUAUGUAAAUAUAUAAUAUUAUUAUCAUCAUAGGUAUCUAUAUUAUAUUAUAUGUGACCCCCUUCCCCCCAAUAAAAAAAAAAAAAAAACGAACAAUGACUUAAUUUUUUUUUAUGAAAGUCGUUUUUUUUAUUCUAUCUAGUUUUCUGUCCGGUUAAAUACCUGCUGUUCAACUGGUUUGUACAGUCUCGCAUGGGCAUAGUUUUUUUCGUUUUGUUUUGUGGUAAAAAAAUUCGUGAAGACUAAUUUUACUAAAAAACGACACCAUGCUCACGCCACCGGCAUUUUGAUCUCAUUUUUAUUGGGUAUUCCUGGUGUAGGUAGCGAAUAAAAAAAAAUAUUUCAAAUAACGAUCACCCAAAUGGCUAAGUACGGUGAUGAUAGUUACGAUUCGCAAGUGUUAGAAGAUUCGGUGUUACAAUGGAAAGAAAAAAAAUAUUUUUUUUUUGUUUAUUAUAAAUCUAUUUCACUAUCUGCAAGUUAAAUUUUUACAAUCAGCAAAAGUGAUGGGUUUAAUUGGUGAAUCGUGAAGAAUUUAUCUAUGAAUGGAACUUUAUGAUAUGGACGUAUGGUAUAUAUUUUAUUCAAAUAGGCAACACCAAUUCUAAUUCGGUCAUCUGUGAAGUGUAAACAGACUUUUGAAAAUAUCUUAUGUGUUCAAACAACAGCCUUAUUGAAAAAAUCAACACUUGAAAAAAUUUAUGAAGUACUGCAGGAAUUUAUGUGUAAAAUCAAUGACAGCGAAACUAACAUUCAAGAAGUGAUUCAGUCCGAGAACAACUUAACUAAAACAAACUUCAAAGAAUCAGAAUUUACUAAAAGAAAAACAAAUUGCAAGGCGUUUGAUAACUUUAAAGCGUUAUGUAGUGAAAAUAAAUCACCUUCCGUAAAAAGACAAAAUGUCUACAAAUGUGCAGACUGCAAGUACCAAACACCUAGAAAAUCUGAUUUAAAAAAACAUCUAAAACGUCACAUGGGGGUGUGCGAUUAUUGCUGUAGUUAUUGUGAGCGAAAAUUUUUUGAUAAAUACAACUUAGAGCGGCAUGUAAAUGCUAGUCACACUAAAAAACAACAAUAUUCGUGUACAUUGUGCACUUACACAACAUUUUUGUAUGAUUCAUUGAAACGUCACAAAAAAUUGAAACACUGUGAUCACACAGGAGCAAAAUUUGUCUGCUCUGUUUGUUAUCAUGUGAGUGCUUCAAAACAUGAUAUGAAUGUACAUUCAUACACUCACGACAAAGUUAAAUCAUACAUGUGUGAAGAAUGUGGUUCAAUGUUUGCUAUCAAGAGCCGGUUGAUAACGCACCAAAAUACUGUACACAAUGAACCUGUACACCCAUGUCAAAUUUGUGACAAAUCAUUUAAAACACUGACUCUGCUCAAGAGACAUACAGUCAUACACUCUCGUUACAAGCCUUAUUGUUGUCCAUUCUGCAACCAUUCAUCCAAUAGCCAGAGCAACUUGACCAAACAUGUGCGCAAAAUUCACUCCCAGAGCAAUUUUUCUUACCAUAAAUUUAUUAAUGGAAAGUAACACAAAAAUAUGAUUUUUGUAAACAUCCAGUCAUUACUUCAUCCACGGCAGACCUGAGUUUAUUGUUAAUAAUCUACCAAUUCAAAACAUCAAGAUCGAUAAUUUUCUAUGCAUUUGUUAACGUUUUUAUGACACAGUGUUGUUCUUUUUCCUUUCAUUGCCCUUAUUAAUUAUUAUGUUUGACGCAACUUAGGUACAAAAUAAAUAUAAAAAUAAUUUUUAUAUUCCAACCCUCAUUAUUUUAUUCUAAAUUAUAUUAUAUAAUGUAAUAUAACCUUACCUCAACCAUCAGUAGUUACUGGUUUACCAUUUAGAUUCUUUAAGAUUGAUGUUAGUCUUUAUCUUCUAACGUAUGAAUGUAUGAUACCACCAAAAGUGAAAUGUGGUUUGUGAUCUUACAGUUUUGUAAUUUGAAAUUUGUAAGUGAAUGUAUCUUUGUACUUCUAAAAUUCUCAAUGCAUAGUUUUCUCCAUUGGUGAUAUUUAUACUAUUCUAAUGUUGUUUACAUUUGAUAUAUUAUUAUUUUACUUUAUGCUAUCAAUAUAAUUUCUACAUUUAAUGUAAA